CAGUCCAUGCAGAGUGUGCUCGAACAGCUGCAGGCCGAGAUGCUACACCUUCAGACAGAGGUGGGGACCAAGGAGCAAAUGUUCCUGUCUGAAAUACAGCACCUUCAGGCAGACGACCAAGCGAUGCAAGCCGAAAUGCAGCAGCUUCAACAUGACACGACGGCCAAAGACCAGAUGUACCAGGCAGAGAUACAACAACUUCAUACCGAGAUGGCGAGAAAGGACCAGAGGAUCCAGGACCUGGAACAGCGAGACUACAUCGAACGCUGUGAAAGUGGUGACUUGACAAUACCGAACGGCGUCUUAACGUAUGGUGCUGGCGCUCGCCACCGUGACAUGACCGCCUCGUUCAGCAGGGCCUUCCGGACAACCCCCGUGGUGACUGUGGGCUUGACGCAACUGGAUCAUUAUGCUGGUGAGACCCGCGUCACAGCUAGCGUCGUGUCCGUCUCUACAACAGGACUAACCGUGCGAAUCGGCACCUGGGCCAGUUCACAGUUGUACAAUGCCUAUGCCCACUGGAUGGCCUGUGCAUGAGAUGUUAAAGUUACCUGCUUUGGUUUAGCCGUGUCGUGAUCUAAAUUGUAGUGGUUGCAGAGAUGAAUUACGCUGAUAACUUUAACAAAACAUGGUUUAUCGAAGGAAUUUUAAUCAAAAUAAACGGCUGAGUCUAACUGCGACUUUCC